CUCUCGUGUGGUCUCGUACCGAUAAAUAUCUCACAUUGAUGUUGAACAAUAAAUAGAGUUCUUUCUUAGUCAUGUAACUAUACUCCUGGACACCUCCACAGGAAUCAAAUCCAAAACAGUAUGCUCUUCACUAAUGUGUGUAUACUUCGCUUUAUAUCCCUUCUCCCUGUAUAUCACUUUGUUGCUGGUUUUGGUAUUUUAUUUGUGAAACCCUUGCUAAACACCAUUUUUAUGAAAAACUUUGCGAGCAUUGCAUAUCUAAAAAUAGAAAUGACCCCCAAGUGAACAAAAGAUACAUUAGGCCUUAAAGAUACGACGAGCACGUAACCAUACUUUGGGCGUAGCCCAGCAUAUAAGAAUAAUGUGUGGAUUUUCAUGCAACUUUAGGCAGUGUUCGUUUGCUCGUGCGAUAUUUUUCAAGUGCCUAUAUGCUUGCCUUUCUUAUCACGGUGGCCCUUUGUUGGUUCCCGCAAUACGAAAGAAUCGGUUAAGCAAAUCUCGGAAGUCGCCUUAUUUUCAGCUGUUGUAUAGGCAAGAAUAUUUUCUUUUCUUAAAGUAUAAAGAAAAGAAAAACAAUAAAGUAGGUCCCUCAUUAUUAGCUGUUAAAGGCAAUAAUUUUUUUUCUCUUGAAAGUUACACUACUUUUUUUUUAAUAAAAACGUCUAAUUAUCUGUCGAGGCUGGGCCGUUCUUAUUUUUGGGAUUUUAAGCCUGAAUCUGUUCUUAAACGAUGUUCUUAAAAAUGUGUAUAAGAAUAUAAUUUCCAAUGAAUUAUUAGGAAAAGAAUACACUAAUGUUCAAUAUCAAUAAUAAGGCUGUUACUAUGAGCACUAUUUGAUUCUGCAUUUUAGAACGCAUCAGGACUAAUAAAGAAAAACAUUUUCUGCUAUAGUGUGUAAUCUGUUUAGCAAAUUUGUGGCGAAGGCGUGCGUGACACUAAGAGCGGCUGCUAAGCUGACAUACUGUAUGGAAUUUUUAUGUUGUUUCUAUUUUGUUAACACAAACGUUUUUUUGGAUGCCCGCGAUAGCCAUAUUGCCCAGGUCUUCAGUAUCAUUCCCGAGGUUUUUUUUGUAAGCAUUUUUAUUUCGAGUCACCUUGUUGCUCAAGCAACGCUAGGGCCCGCUAGCACUGUAGCACGGUUGUACACAGUUGUAUCCAGUCUCGGGGUUUCGCGGCUCUGAUUGGUCCGUCGGUUUCGUCCACGCUCCAGCGACUUCGACUCGAGGAAAGAUCGACCGAACCGAACGCAGCGAAAACCGCGACUACGAAUACACCUGAAAAUGCGAAAGAAGCUCCCAGUACACGGACUGUUCUAUUUUGAAAGCGACCAGACCGUUAGCAUUGUACCAUUGAAGAAAAUAGUGAGUGUUUUAUCGGGAGACAAGACCACGAAGGGUAGCAAGGUUGAGCUUGUUUACGGUACCGCCAAAGUCUCGGCCGAAGUGAUCGCAGUCGCAGAUGAUCUCCCAUCUCUUCGUGAACGUGAAAUUGAGUUUUUACAAGACCCAGGAAAUGCACAUUUAUUCACAAAUCACGACGCCAUAGUGUUUACUGGAGACAAUCCGGAGGAAGCAGAGGAAAAUCCUCCUCUGAAAAUGAAAAUUGUAAGUCACAGAAUUGGCAAGAAACGGAGGGGACGAUCAAAGAUGCAGGAGCCCAUUUCACCAAAGCGCAAGGCACCAAAAAGUCAACGUGUUGUCGAUACUCCUGAAUCACCCUCAUCACCCUCAGACACACCUGUCUCCCCUGUUCUCAAUGCCAGCACACAACAUUGUCCAACUGUACCCAACAAACCACUUCCAAGCUUCUUGCCAGCACUUCAGUCUUCCAUGUUCCAUUCCCUACAAAGCCUCCCUCGCUCUGAUGCAGGAAUCCUUCAACAGAUCCUUCCUAUUCUUGGAAGAUUGGAGUACAAGAUUGAUAUCUUGAUGAACAAAGUUGGCAUUGACAAAUCCUUCACGGAGGCUUCACAGUAUAGUUGCUCUCAGUUAAUUACCACACCUAAAAUUCAACAGACAGUAGUAGAGACUGACACAUUUCACUCAGCUGCUGUUACUAACACAUCUGCACCAUCAAGCAGGUUGCCUGAAGUACCACGUGCAGUUACCACACUUAAAAGCAGAAAGGUAGCAGCAGAGGCAGCCGCUCUUCACUCAGCUGCUCUUAAUAAUGCACCCCCUCUAUUUAGCCAAUUACCUGAAGUUCCAAGUACCAUUGCUGUGAAUGGCAAAGACUUAGAUGUAGUACCAACUCCAGAUAAGACAGAGCCAUCAAAGGACCCAGAGGGAGAAACAGUUAAAGAGUGGGAUGGGUCAGAAGAGGAGGAAGGUGCUUCUCAAGUACCUGAUGAACAAUGCAUCACCACUCCACUCAAACAGUGUCCUACAUCCGAGCAGGCACCUGCGGCUACCCCGCAUCAUCAGCAGUCCACUCAAUCAAUAACACCAGCUGAGGAGGAAACAUACCAAACGAUCUUCAGACAAGCGAAUUCCAUGGCCAAUUUCUCUGUGCGACUAAUGAGACACCUUUUUAAGAGAUCCGAAAUGUGUGGUCGAAAUGUAAGAGGGGCACGAGGAAAAAAGCCCCUAGAUCCUGAGAGAGUGAAGCAGAUAAAGUUUCUUAUUUACAGGUUUUACUCUGUCCCUCCUGCGGACAUGCCUAGAUUUUGGACACACUGUCGCAAGUCAAUGGAUUCCUUUUUACGGAAAAUGAAGGAGAAUCCUUCACCCUUUGAGGAUUCCUCCCUCCCAACAUAACUUUACUGUUUUUUUUUUACAACAAUAGUUUGGUUUUCACCAUUUAAGGUGACAUUUUUAACAGAUCUUAUAUUGUUGCUAUGUCAAAGAUUUAAAUUAAUACACCUAAAGCACAGCUGUACCUUACACCUUGCACUGGGGCAAGAGUAUUGCUCCUUCCAUCUGUAAUCCAUGAGUGAAAGUUUGGUUGGAGAAAAAUAAUUUCUUAUGUGCAUAUUUUCCCCCUUGCUGAAUUUUCUUGUACAAAUGAGAUGAUGCUUUUCUGAGUUGUGUAUUUUAUUAUGACCAUGCAAUGCCGUAGCUUGUUAUUUCAGCUUUGUAUUUAUAUUAAAAUAAUGACAAGCUAUUUAUCAUAUUUAUUUUUCAUAAGAACAUAAUACAGUUUUGUAUUUAAUUUUGUAUUAAUGUAAGUUGGGUUAAUCUUGUGUUGUUGAAUAAAUAAAUUUGUUAUUUA